AUGGAGUUUCCAAGAUCUAAUAAUCUUCAAGUAGUUUCUGUGGGGAAUGAUGAUGAUGAUCCAGAAAUUUUGGUUUCCAAAUUCGAUUCUUCAGUUGACAAUCACUUUCAAGCCAUGGAUAAAAUUGCUAAUCUCUCUGGAGAAUCAGAGUUCCAAUAUCCACAAAUUCAACGUUUCUCUUCUUCCAUUACUUUCUUAAGAGAAUGGAGAAAUUUCUGUUAUCAACCUCGAGCUAUUAAGUUUGCUUGUGAAAGCAAUGAGAAAAACGUCACACCUCAAAUCAAGUUGCCUCAGUUUUCUUCAGCACUUGUUCCUAAGGACACUUCAGAUGGAAACAAAGAUUUUGUUAUGCAUGUUGGAGGCCAUGUUUGGGCUUUAGAUUGGUGUCCCAUACUUCACCAAAAUUCCAACACUGACAUUAACGUUGAGUUUAUUGCUGUUGCUGCUCAUCCACCAGAGUCUUCAUAUCAUAAAAUUGGUGCUCCACUUACUGGAAGAGGUCUUAUUCAAAUAUGGUGUUUGUUGAAUGCAUAUACAAAAGAACAAGAUAUGAUUCCUUUGGUCAAAGUCAAACCAAAAAGGAAUGAAGAAACAAAUCUUGAAACCAAUCAACCAAAGAAGCCAAGAGGGAGACCAAGAAAGAAAGCUUCUGAAACUGUUCCUGUUUCUAAUACUGACUCAUAUCCACAGCCUCUUGCUAUUGAAUUCCCUCAACACUCAAAAAAGUUGGUUGAUAUUGACAAAAUUACCCCUGAAACUGUCCCUCAACAGUCACCAAAGUUGCUUGCUAUUGAGAAUCAUCAUCAUCAUCAUCAUCAUCAUCAUCAUCAUACCCCUGAAAGUGUUUCAAAUAGUAACUCAGUUUCUAAAGAUAUUGCUUUGCCUAGACUUGUGAUGGGAUUGGCUCACAAUGGAAAAGUUGCAUGGGAUGUGAAAUGGAGACCCGAUUCUCAUGAUAUUUCUAGUUACAGAAUGGGGUUCCUUGCUAUUUUGCUUGGGAAUGGAGCUCUUGAAGUGUGGGAGGUACCUGUUCUUAGUGCAACUAAGGCUUUAUUUUCUUCUUGUCAAAAGGAAGGUACUGAUCCUCGCUUCCUUAAGUUGAAGCCAGUUUUCAUGUGUUCAAAGUUGAAGUGUGGAGAUAGACAAAGUAUUCCCUUAACAUUGGAGUGGUCAACAUCUGCCCCUCAUGAUCUCAUUCUAGCUGGUUGUCAUGAUGGAGUGGUUGCCCUGUGGAAGUUCUCUACUAAUGAUCCAUCCAUAGAUACCAAACCAUUGCUUUGCUUCAGUGCAGAUACUGUUCCUAUAAGAGCACUUAAAUGGGCACCACUGCCCAGUGAUCCUGAGAGUGCAAACAUAAUCGCUACUUCCGGACAUAAAGGUGUUAGAUUUUGGGACAUUCGUGAUCCAUAUCACCCUCUUUGGGAUAUACCUCUUCAGAAGAUUACAUACAGUUUGGAUUGGCAUCCAGACCCAAGAUGUGUCAUUUUAUCAUCCGAUGAUGGAGAAAUAAAGAUAAUUAACUUAUCAAAAGCUGUAUCUGACACCCCUGUUACUGGUACACCAACCGUAAAAACUCAACACCAUGGAUCACAUAGUUAUUACUGUUCAUCAUCUUCAAUUUGGUGUGUUCAUGUCUCAAGACUAACAGACAUGGUUGCAUAUUGCUGUUCAGAUGGCAAAGUUAUUCAUUUUCAGCUUACAACAAAAUCAGUGGAAAGAGACCCUAACAGAAACCGAGAACCUCAUUAUCUCUGUGGUUCUGUAACCAAGGAAGAAGAAAAGUCAACACUUACUGUGUUGACCCCUUCACCAAAUAUCCCAUUCCCAAUGAAGAAAUCAUCAAACGAAUGGGGGGAUACACCAAGAUCAAAACGUGGACCAUAUGGCCCACAAAGAGGAGGAUGA